UUCUCUCAAGAUAUGAGCAGAGCAGAGAUAGCCUGUGAUCCUAUCCACUUAAUGACCCUGGACUUUGUUAUUUAGAUAAACUGCUUAUAAAUAGGAGGCAUAUUCCUACGUUCUCUCAAAAGCUGCAUGUUAGUCUCUUUAAUCAUAAAGGAAGCUAAAACGCUGUGAAAUGGGAGACAUAGAGGGGAACCAGGAAAGAGAGGAGGCGAGCAGUCAGAGCAGGAGCAAGGCUGAUCGUGGAGGUGGGGGCCAAAAUCAAAAGCAGGAACCAAGCAUUUAUCUGGGCUGUCUGACCAAGAAACAGCUGAUAAUCUUAUCAGUGGGUGUUGGACUUGUUAUCCUCCUCAUCAUCGUCAUUGUCCCUGCUGUGAUUCUCACCAGACCAGCUCCUGCUCUGGUGUUUUCUACUGGCGGCGACAUGCUGGAGUACCUGGUUCAGUCAGGUGAAAUCAGUGAACAUGAUGGUCUCCUGGCAACCUGGUUUCACCGAGCCAACAACAAGGAGCAAAUGAAUGAGGCACUUGCAUCUGAUGUUAUGAUCCUGGAGGCUGAUGUUACGCUGGAGGGUUAUGGAACUCCCGAUCAAAAACCAGUUCCUAUCAUGGCUCACCCUCCUGAUGUCUUUAGUGACAACACCCUCGACCAGUGGCUGGAUGCUGUGCUGGACUCUAGAAAAGGGAUCAAGUUGGACUUUAAGUCUCUGGAGUCUGUGGGUUUCUCUCUGGACCUGCUUAAGGAAAAGCAGGGAGGUGGAGGAAUCAACAGGCCUGUGUGGCUCAAUGCAGACAUCCUCCAAGGUCCAAAUGUACCGAGCUUCGUGCCUACAGUCAAUGGAACCAGAUUUCUUCAGCUGAUUCAGGAGAAGUUUCCAGAUGUUACUCUGUCUCCCGGAUGGAUGGUUCUUUAUCUCCCUCCGAUAUUUGUUGGAACAUACUCCAGAGCAAUGGUGGAAAACAUGUAUGAAAUGAUCAAAGACGUCCCUCAGAAGGUGACGUUUCCAGUUCAUGCUCUGCUCGUCCGCAGUGGUUGGCAGCACAUCAGCUGGUUGCUCGACCAGUCACCGAGGUUCUCCUUGACUCUGUGGCAGGGUGAACAGCAUCCGAACAUCAGUGACCUGCUGUUUGUCCGGGACAACACCCAACCUGCAGAGGUCUACUACGACAUCUAUGAGCCAACGCUGUCAGAGUUUAAAGAGGCUGCAAGAAACCGGAGCGGAGUUCGGAGGUUUUAUCCUGGAGGAAACUUAAUGGAUUUUCUUCCUCCGGUUCGCAACUCAAACAGCAACUUCCUCACUGAUGUGACCCAACAUGGCAGCCUGGGAGUGCGCUGGUUUCCAGUUACUGGCGAGGUCUCCUUGCUUGCUCGGCUCUCAGAUGAAGAUGGUGGAAUGAUAGUACUUCAUGUUGUUUCGGACAAAAAUCAGCCUGGAGUUCCUGUAAUACGUAAUUCUGGAAGCAGCUUGGAGUCCUUCACACUGAAGAAAGUCCUUGAGCUUCUGGGACAGAGGGCCGAUGCACCCUGGGGUGUUUAUCUUCGGAUUUACAAUCAUCAGCUUCUGGAACCUUCUCUAAAUCUGCUGCAGGCAGCUUAUGGCGCAGAGGAGCUCUACCGACCCAUCUGGAUCAGCAUGGAGGACUUAGACAGCAGCAAUGCCACAAACGACUUUGUGUCCAGCCUGGAGGAGUUGUUCCCAUACGUCACUGUGGUUUCUGUUGAGCAGAACUGGCCGCCUCUGAUCCCAGCGGCUCUGACAGGCCUGUCCCAAAGGGUUGCUGUACACCUGAUGUCGGCAUCGUUGCUCAAACCACAAGAAAUUCCCUUUCUGGAGCAGGUGGACAAAUAUGACUUUGUAGUGGAAGUGGACCCAAAGCAUGAAGCCCAAACCAUUACAAUUUUGGAAAAGCUCAUGGCCCAACGAGCAGGAAACGCAAAAACAAAUCUUUACAUGAUAAGCAGCCGAUAAAUAAAUGACUAAAUUAUUGAAAAACACAAUCAUAUGAGGCCCACUCCAAAAAAAGGAAAUUAAAAACAAUCCACUGGACUUUGUUUCUAAAUUUGAAGAUGCUUCGCUUCGCAUCCAGGAGGCUUUUUCAAUAAAAAAUUCUAUUCAUUUUGAAUUGAAAAAGCUUCCUGGGUGGGAAUCUUAAUGUCCUCUAACUUUGAAACAAAUUCCCGUGGAUUGUUUUUAAUUUUCUUUUUUUUUUUGGAAUGACUAUGACCUCGAUGACUGAGAAUCUUCACCAGGAUGUGAGGCCAUUAUGCGCCUAUAUCUGGAGGCUGAAAAUGUAAAGUCCUGAAGUUAUUUGCUUUUUUUUUUUCAUUAAUUAGUACAGAAAAAUACUGAUCAGUGAUUAAGUGAAACUGAAUAAAGCUUUCUUGGUCCUUGUUAGAGUGAUACUUAUAAAAUUAUUGUGUGGACAUAUGAAACAUUGAAAGAAAGAAGAUGCUACAUUUCUAUCCGGUGAUUCAAUCAGAAGGGUCAUAAACUUUUAUGACCUCCAUCCAGUAGGUCAUGAGGCAGAGUCACACGGUUGUGCGACUUCCAUCCAACCAGAUGGUCAUUUCACAUCUUAUGACCUGCAUCCUGCCAGAUUAUCAAUACUGGGUCUUCUGUUUAAGGCCUGCCCUAUUAUGUUGUAAACUGUUAAUAAAAGGCUUUGUUGUGAAGGGAUCUGGGAGAGAGUGUGUGCUGGUUGGAGCCUGCAGAUUCUCUCCCCUUUGCAGAGGUUGACUUUC